AUGUACCGGAUGUUUCAAUUCUUUGUCUUGUCCCUCAAGAUCGAUAUCUUUACCCAAUUUAUGGUAUCCGUCUUUUACCUCAUUCAAUUUGCGGCCAACAAGGGUCAGACCUGGGAAAUGAUCAUCCAGAUUGUGGUGACAGUUCUGAUGCUUCCGAUGUUUUACUUUGCUCGUACAGCAGGAAGUACAGAGAGCAAGUUGAGAAUGUCAAUUUUUAUUGCGUUUGAGACUAUUGUCCUUAUGCACUAUGCCUUGAUCUUACAACAGGCGAUUGAGGCUGACAAUGGCUGGUACACAUGGAUCAGUUUAGUAUGUCUUGGCAGUGCUCUUGACAUUGUUACUGUUGCACUUGGUAUUGUCUGUAUGACCAACUUUAACAAGGGUCUCAAGCCUCAUGUUCAACGUGGCCAGAAGAACAAGAUGAUGUACGAUGUAGAACUAAACAAGGACUUUUCAAAGACACCAUGGCAAAUCGAUGAUGAUUGA